AUGAGCGACACAAAACUAGACGAGGUAAGGAUAUCGACUGACAAAGACGCCGAACUUUGCACUUUGAAACGUGUCAUUCUCGAUGGAUGGCCUGACAAACGCACACAUUGUCCUUCGUCUGUAUUGAAAUACUGGACAUUCAGAGACGAACUAACUGUCACGGACCGUAUGAUAGUGAAAGGUGAGAAAAUGAGAUCUUCCAUGUUAGAAAAAAUUCACAUAGGUCAUUUAGGAAUCGGCAAGUGCACCAGCCGAGCACGUGACGUAAUGUUUUGGCCUGGAAUGUCGAGUGACAUAUCCGACAUGGUUCAACAAUGUGACAUUUGCCUGACGCAUAGGAGUUCAAAUAACAAAGAACCAAUGCAACCUCAUCAGAUUCCAGAACAGCCCUGGCAAGUUGUUGCAACUGACAUUUUUACACUGGACGGUGUUGAUUACCUCGUUACCGUUGACUAUUACUCCAGAUUCUUUGAAGUUGACAAAUUAUCGGACACAAAAAGUAUCACCGUAAUACGCAAACUAAAGACACAUUUUGCUAGAUACGGUAUCUGCCAAAAAGUUGUCAGCGACAACGCAGCUCAGUUCACAUCAGAACAAUUCAUUACAUUUGCGAGGGAAUGGGGUUUUGAGCAUACGACUUCUAGUCCCCUUUACCCUCAAUCUAACGGUCUGGCAGAAAAGACGGUACAGACGGCUAAACGACUGUUACGAAAGGCAAAAUCUGACAACAGAGACCCAUACUUAGCCUUUCUAGAGUAUCGAAACUGCCCACUGGAGUGUGGAUACUCUCCCUCUCAACUGCUUAUGUCACGACGAUUGAGAUCUAUUAUCCCGACGGUAAAAUCUCUUCUUAAACCACAGACGGUUAACACAGACAUUGUGCAGGACAAGAUCAAUAUAUCGCCAAAAACACUACUACGAUCAGACUGCUAA